GCACACACCCCACCCAGAGAGGUGGCCGUGGGUGGGAGGCUGCGCGACCCACCUCCUGUCCCUUUUUCUAGCGCACAGUACAGAGGCUGCCGCAUCCCCGGCAUCACCGCGCCCAAUCGCCAGGUCUCCGCCCUGCAAGGUCUACCCGGCUGGGAGGAGGGAGCUAGGGGUGGGGACCCGAGAGCUCAGGGAGCAUCCUGGAGGCCUAGCGACGCGGCUGGCAGCCGAGGGCGGGGUCGCCUCAUCCUGAGCAGACUGGAAACAGACUCCGUGCAGGCCUCGCCCGCGCUCCAGUUGCGACUGUAGGGUUUUCAUUCCUGCCCACUGCGCAGACUGGGCUGAGCUAGCCUGGGUAUCCACGAUUCGCGACUCGUAGUAACAGGCACUCUGAGCAACAGGAUUUCAGAGAAAGAAGCAGAGGCAAGAAAGAAGCCUGGGGAGAGAGGAAGACUUUCCUUGGAUCAGACUCCGCAGGUGCACACACCGGGUGGGCAUGAUCCGUGGGGCCAGGCCUCUUAGGUAAGGAGUCAAAGGGGAAAUAAAACAUACAGGAUGAAAAGAUGGCGAUGCUGCCUCCUCCAGGACCUCAGAGUUUCGUUCACUUCACAAAACAGUCCCUUGCCCUCAUUGAACAGCGUAUUUCUGAAGAAAAAGCCAAGGAACACAAAGACGAAAAGAAAGAUGAUGAGGAAGAAGGCCCCAAGCCCAGCAGUGACUUGGAAGCUGGGAAACAGCUCCCCUUCAUCUAUGGAGACAUUCCCCCUGGAAUGGUGUCAGAGCCCCUGGAGGACCUGGACCCAUACUAUGCUGACAAAAAAACUUUUAUAGUAUUGAACAAAGGGAAAGCAAUCUUCCGUUUCAACGCCACCCCUGCUUUGUACAUGCUGUCUCCCUUCAGUCCUCUAAGAAGAAUAUCUAUUAAGAUCUUAGUGCACUCCUUAUUCAGCAUGCUAAUCAUGUGCACAAUUCUGACGAACUGCAUAUUCAUGACCUUGAGCAACCCUCCAGAAUGGACCAAAAAUGUAGAGUACACUUUUACUGGGAUAUAUACUUUUGAAUCACUCAUAAAAAUCCUUGCAAGAGGCUUUUGCGUGGGAGAAUUCACCUUCCUCCGUGACCCUUGGAACUGGCUGGACUUUGUUGUCAUUGUUUUUGCGUAUUUAACAGAAUUUGUAAACCUAGGCAAUGUUUCAGCUCUUCGAACUUUCAGAGUCUUGAGAGCUUUGAAAACUAUUUCUGUAAUCCCAGGACUAAAGACCAUCGUGGGGGCCCUGAUCCAGUCAGUGAAGAAGCUCUCUGACGUCAUGAUCCUCACUGUGUUCUGUCUCAGUGUGUUUGCACUAAUUGGACUACAGCUGUUUAUGGGCAACUUGAAGCAUAAAUGUUUCAGGAAGGAACUCGAAGAGAAUGAAACAUUAGAAAGUAUCAUGAAUACUGCUGAGAGUGAAGAAGAAUUGAAAAAAUAUUUUUAUUACUUGGAGGGAUCCAAAGAUGCUCUACUCUGCGGCUUCAGCACAGAUUCAGGGCAGUGUCCAGAAGGCUACAUCUGUGUGAAGGCUGGCAGAAACCCGGAUUAUGGCUACACGAGCUUUGACACAUUCAGCUGGGCCUUCUUGGCCUUGUUUCGGCUAAUGACUCAGGACUACUGGGAGAACCUUUACCAACAGACUCUGCGUGCUGCUGGCAAAACCUACAUGAUUUUCUUUGUCGUGGUUAUUUUUCUGGGCUCCUUUUACCUGAUAAACUUGAUCCUGGCUGUGGUAGCCAUGGCGUAUGAGGAACAGAACCAGGCCAACAUCGAAGAAGCUAAACAGAAAGAGUUAGAAUUUCAGCAGAUGUUAGACCGACUCAAAAAGGAGCAGGAAGAAGCUGAGGCGAUCGCUGCAGCCGCUGCUGAGUUCACGAGUAUAGGGCGGAGCAGGAUCAUGGGACUCUCUGAGAGCUCUUCAGAAACCUCCAGGCUGAGCUCAAAGAGUGCCAAGGAGAGAAGAAACCGAAGAAAGAAAAAGAAACAGAAGAUGUCCAGUGGCGAGGAAAAGGGUGACGAUGAGAAGCUGUCCAAGUCAGGAUCAGAGGAAAGCAUCCGAAAGAAAAGUUUCCAUCUCGGUGUGGAAGGGCACCACCGGACCCGGGAAAAGAGGCUGUCCACCCCCAACCAGUCGCCACUCAGCAUUCGUGGGUCCCUGUUUUCUGCCAGGCGCAGCAGCAGGACGAGUCUGUUCAGUUUUAAGGGGCGAGGAAGAGAUCUGGGAUCUGAGACAGAAUUCGCUGAUGAUGAGCAUAGCAUUUUUGGAGACAACGAGAGCAGAAGGGGUUCACUAUUCGUACCCCAUAGACCCCGGGAGCGGCGCAGCAGUAACAUCAGUCAGGCCAGUAGGUCCCCGCCAGUGCUACCGGUGAACGGGAAGAUGCACAGUGCAGUGGACUGCAAUGGCGUCGUGUCGCUUGUUGAUGGACCCUCAGCCCUCAUGCUCCCCAAUGGACAGCUUCUUCCAGAGGUGAUAAUAGAUAAGGCAACUUCCGACGACAGCGGCACGACUAAUCAGAUGCGCAAAAAAAGGCUCUCUAGUUCUUACUUCUUGUCUGAGGACAUGCUGAAUGACCCGCAUCUCAGGCAAAGGGCCAUGAGCAGGGCGAGCAUACUGACCAACACUGUGGAAGAACUUGAAGAAUCUAGACAAAAAUGUCCACCAUGGUGGUACAGAUUUGCUCACACAUUUUUAAUCUGGAAUUGCUCUCCAUAUUGGAUAAAAUUCAAAAAGCUCAUCUAUUUUAUUGUGAUGGAUCCUUUUGUAGAUCUUGCAAUUACCAUUUGCAUAGUUUUAAACACCUUAUUUAUGGCUAUGGAGCACCACCCAAUGACUGAAGAAUUCAAAAAUGUCCUUGCAGUGGGGAACUUGAUCUUUACAGGGAUCUUCGCAGCUGAAAUGGUACUGAAGUUAAUAGCCAUGGACCCCUAUGAGUAUUUCCAAGUAGGGUGGAAUAUUUUUGACAGCCUAAUUGUGACGCUGAGUUUGAUAGAGCUUUUCCUAGCAGAUGUGGAAGGAUUAUCAGUUCUGCGGUCAUUCAGAUUGCUCCGAGUCUUCAAGUUGGCAAAGUCCUGGCCCACACUGAACAUGCUCAUUAAGAUCAUCGGCAACUCGGUGGGCGCACUGGGCAACCUGACCCUGGUGCUGGCCAUCAUCGUCUUCAUUUUUGCCGUGGUCGGCAUGCAGCUGUUUGGAAAGAGCUACAAGGAGUGUGUCUGCAAGAUCAAUGUGGACUGCAAGCUGCCGCGCUGGCACAUGAACGACUUCUUCCACUCCUUCCUGAUCGUGUUCCGAGUGCUGUGUGGGGAGUGGAUAGAGACCAUGUGGGACUGCAUGGAGGUCGCGGGCCAGACCAUGUGCCUUAUUGUUUACAUGAUGGUCAUGGUGAUUGGGAACCUUGUGGUCCUGAACCUGUUUCUGGCUCUUUUGCUGAGUUCAUUUAGUUCUGACAAUCUUACAGCAAUUGAGGAAGACACCGAUGCAAACAACCUCCAGAUCGCAGUGGCCAGAAUUAAGAGGGGAAUCAAUUAUGUGAAACAGACCCUGCGUGAAUUCAUUCUAAAAUCAUUUUCCAAAAAGCCAAAGGGCUCCAAGGACACAAAACGAACAGCAGAUCCCAACAACAAGAAAGAAAACUAUAUUUCAAACCGUACCCUUGCGGAGAUGAGCAAGGAUCACAAUUUCCUCAAAGAAAAGGAUAGGAUCAGUGGUUAUGGCAGCAGUCUAGACAAAAGCUUUAUGGAUGAAAAUGAUUACCAGUCCUUUAUCCAUAACCCCAGCCUCACAGUGACAGUGCCAAUUGCACCUGGGGAGUCUGAUUUGGAGAUUAUGAACACAGAAGAGCUUAGCAGUGACUCAGACAGUGACUACAGCAAAGAGAAACGGAACCGAUCAAGCUCUUCUGAGUGCAGCACUGUUGACAACCCUCUGCCAGGAGAAGAGGAGGCUGAAGCAGAGCCCGUAAACGCAGAUGAGCCUGAAGCCUGCUUUACAGAUGGUUGUGUGAGGAGAUUUCCAUGCUGCCAAGUUAAUGUAGACUCUGGGAAAGGGAAAGUUUGGUGGACCAUCAGGAAGACGUGCUACAGGAUAGUUGAACACAGCUGGUUUGAAAGCUUCAUCGUUCUCAUGAUCCUGCUCAGCAGUGGAGCUCUGGCUUUUGAAGAUAUCUAUAUUGAAAAGAAAAAGACCAUUAAGAUUAUCCUGGAGUAUGCUGACAAGAUAUUCACCUACAUCUUCAUUCUGGAAAUGCUUCUAAAAUGGGUCGCAUAUGGGUAUAAAACAUAUUUCACUAAUGCCUGGUGUUGGCUGGACUUCUUAAUUGUUGAUGUGUCUCUAGUUACUUUAGUAGCCAACACUCUUGGCUACUCAGACCUUGGCCCCAUUAAAUCUCUACGGACACUGAGGGCCCUAAGACCCCUAAGAGCCUUGUCUAGAUUUGAAGGAAUGAGGGUAGUGGUCAACGCACUCAUAGGAGCAAUCCCUUCCAUCAUGAACGUGCUUCUCGUGUGCCUUAUAUUCUGGCUAAUAUUUAGCAUCAUGGGAGUCAAUCUGUUUGCUGGCAAGUUCUAUGAGUGUGUCAACACCACCGAUGGGUCACGAUUUCCUACAUCUCAAGUUGCAAACCGUUCUGAGUGUUUUGCCCUGAUGAACGUUAGUGGAAAUGUGCGAUGGAAAAACCUGAAAGUAAACUUCGACAACGUUGGGCUUGGUUACCUGUCGCUGCUUCAAGUUGCAACAUUCAAGGGCUGGAUGGAUAUUAUGUAUGCAGCAGUUGACUCUGUUAAUGUAAAUGAACAGCCGAAAUACGAAUACAGUCUCUACAUGUACAUUUACUUUGUCAUCUUCAUCAUCUUCGGCUCAUUCUUCACGUUGAACCUGUUCAUUGGUGUCAUCAUAGAUAAUUUCAACCAACAGAAAAAAAAGCUUGGAGGUCAAGAUAUCUUUAUGACAGAAGAACAGAAGAAAUACUAUAAUGCAAUGAAGAAGCUUGGGUCCAAGAAACCACAAAAACCAAUUCCAAGGCCAGGGAACAAAUUCCAAGGAUGUAUAUUUGACUUAGUGACAAACCAAGCUUUUGAUAUCACCAUCAUGGUUCUUAUAUGCCUCAACAUGGUAACCAUGAUGGUAGAAAAAGAGGGGCAAACUGAGUACAUGGAUUAUGUUUUACACUGGAUCAACAUGGUCUUCAUUAUCCUGUUCACUGGGGAGUGUGUGCUGAAGCUAAUCUCCCUCAGACAUUACUACUUCACUGUGGGUUGGAACAUUUUUGAUUUUGUGGUAGUGAUCCUCUCCAUUGUAGGAAUGUUUCUCGCUGAGAUGAUAGAGAAGUAUUUCGUGUCCCCUACCCUGUUCCGAGUCAUCCGCCUGGCCAGGAUUGGACGAAUCCUACGCCUGAUCAAAGGCGCCAAGGGGAUCCGCACUCUGCUCUUUGCUCUGAUGAUGUCCCUUCCUGCGCUGUUCAACAUCGGCCUCCUGCUUUUCCUGGUCAUGUUCAUCUACGCCAUCUUUGGGAUGUCCAACUUUGCCUACGUUAAAAAGGAGGCUGGAAUUAAUGACAUGUUCAACUUUGAGACUUUUGGCAACAGCAUGAUCUGCUUGUUCCAAAUCACCACCUCUGCGGGCUGGGACGGACUGCUGGCCCCCAUCCUCAACAGCGCACCUCCUGAUUGUGACCCUAAAAAAGUUCACCCAGGAAGUUCAGUGGAAGGGGACUGUGGGAACCCAUCCGUGGGGAUUUUCUACUUUGUCAGCUACAUCAUCAUAUCCUUCCUGGUGGUGGUGAACAUGUACAUCGCUGUCAUCCUGGAGAACUUCAGUGUUGCCACCGAAGAGAGCACUGAGCCUCUGAGUGAGGACGACUUUGAGAUGUUCUACGAGGUCUGGGAGAAGUUCGACCCUGACGCCACUCAGUUCAUAGAGUUCUGCAAGCUUUCUGACUUUGCAGCUGCCCUGGAUCCUCCCCUCCUCAUCGCAAAGCCAAACAAAGUCCAGCUCAUUGCCAUGGACCUGCCCAUGGUGAGUGGAGACCGCAUCCACUGCCUGGACAUCUUGUUUGCUUUUACAAAGCGGGUCCUGGGUGAGGGUGGAGAGAUGGAUUCUCUUCGUUCACAGAUGGAAGAAAGGUUCAUGUCAGCCAAUCCUUCUAAAGUGUCCUAUGAACCCAUCACGACCACACUGAAGAGAAAACAAGAGGAGGUGUCCGCGACUAUCAUUCAGCGUGCUUACAGACGGUAUCGCCUCAGACAACACGUCAAGAAUAUAUCGAGUAUAUACAUAAAAGAUGGAGACAGGGAUGAUGAUUUGCCCAAUAAAGAAGAUACAGUUUUUGAUAACGUGAACGAGAACUCAAGUCCGGAAAAGACAGAUGUAACUGCCUCAACCAUCUCGCCACCUUCCUAUGACAGUGUCACAAAGCCAGAUCAAGAGAAAUAUGAAACAGACAAAACAGAGAAGGAAGACAAAGAGAAAGAUGAAAGCAGGAAAUAGAGCUUUGGUUUUGAUACACUGUUGACAGCCUGUGAAGGUUGACUCACUCGUGUUAGUAAGACUCUUUUACGGAGGUCUAUGCCAAACUCUUUUUAUCAAAAAAUUCUCAAAGGCAGCACAGCCAUUAGCUCUGAUCCAACGAGGCAGAGGGCAGCAUUUACACAUGGCUAUGUUUUGCUUUGGUAAAUGAUUCUUUUAAGAUUUGAGAGUGUAACUCUGAAGGGAAGAGCCAUCACUGCAUUCAAGGGUGACUUAGACAUUCUAAAAAUCAGAAAACCAAGUCAAACAUUUUCUCAUUUGCCUCCAUGUCUUUUCUCUAGGUUCUAAAUAAAUGUGCACCCAUGUGAAUCUAGAAAUCCAGGCAUACAUGCACACAUGCACACAGUCACAAAUACAAACAGGAUUGGCUACGAUUUCAAAUUCUAUGUAAAUGUUUCACUUUGGUUUGCAAUGAAAUUUCCUUGUAAAGGAAAUGGGAUUAGUGACGAAGGUUUUGUCAAAACAUCUUAUUAUUAGGGAAUCAGAAUCUUUAAUCUAAAAAGAAUUCAGUUUAUAUUUUUGAGGUGCUGAAACUUAUCCUACAUUGCGUCAAAAGCAACUUAUAGGAAUCUAUAAGAUGUCAUGGAAUUGAAAAACGUAUGUGGGCUACUUAUUUAAGAAAUCACUUUCAUUUGUAUAUUAGCAUCAUUCACCUUGAUUUAUGGACAUCUUGGACAUUUUGUGGUCACAUGAUGCUCCCACAAAAUUGUUUAGCUGAAACUUCAGGCACACAUCACAGAGAACAGCUACCCAGUCUUACGCUCCACCCUGUUCAUACAAUAACCACAGACCUUUAAACAUUAUUUGGAAUAUAAAUAUUAGGUUUCUCAAUAUAAACAUGUGAAUAUUAACAGAAAAGUUAAUUUACAGCGUUUUACUUACUAAUGUCUAUCCAAUCUAGUUUGCACAAUGAGACAGCUCUCACCUCUUACAGCCAGUUGCCACAUUUCUCUUCUUACGAAGCUUCGGUUUGUCAGACUUUAUCUCUAAGCAAAUUCUAUGUUUCCUUUUUAAUGAAACGUAUCCUGAAAAGCGAUUAGCUACUUGAUACUUUAGUGCUUGUUUGAGCAGAUGACUGGAGCAUGGUAUGUACCCCAUCUUUUAAAAUACAAUCCUUAAUGUGUUUGGCAGCUUCCCAAGUUACAGGGAACGCCGGGCUUUUAAUAUCUCUCCGUUCACCAGGUGUUUUGUAUGAAUGAAAUGACAUUCAAAGAGUGAGUCUCAUUGGCUUGCUUUAUUACCAACGACUUUCCUAAAUGAGGAACUAAUCCUCUGAAGCACUAUUAUAUCCCCUUGUAAAUAACAUAGAUGUCACUUCGUUCUUAAUAUUCUAAUCCAUGGUGUGACAUAUAUUUUGCAUUGAUCAGUAAAGUAGUCUGGGAUAACCAUUUUAAGAGCAUAUACAUUUUGAGGUAGUUGAAGUUAAUCUACCAAGGAUUAGAAACCUACUCCAAGUUUUUAAAGUACUUGAUAAAAAUGAAUGACCCUGACAAAUUCUCUCAUAAUUUUAUUCCAGCAAUGUGAAAUCUUUCCUCCAACACUUUAUCCUUGCAGAGAAGAAAGAAAAAACAAAGAUAAGCCCAUGGGCCAUGUAAACAAAGGGGCUUUAUCUAGAAGAUUCUGAGAGAACCUUUGAAGUAAAUAUGUAAAACAUACUUCCUCAGUUUGCCUUUGAAAUUAAAAAGUAACACAAAAAUAUGGAUUUAAUAAGUCAUCAAAACACAUUCUUUAUUUCUGGCCCAGUUUAAAGGAAAGGAUUAAAAAUCCCUAUAGAGGGGAAGGGACAGAGAGAGAAAGAGGGAGAGAAGAAACAAAGUACUAGGGACAAAAAGAUUAGACAGAAUACGUCCAGGUUUUCACACUAUGGGCUUUGUCCGGGAUGCUGUAUAAAAGUCUCUUUCCAAAUGUUUGUCAUAAGGGGAUCGAAGAAAUUAAGUGCAAGACUAAAGGUUGUUUACAGAUAUCAUUAAUCAUUAACAGUUUGGGAAGCUGCUUUUACAUUUCUAUGGAAGAUGCCAAGGAAUGCUAAGCCAGACAAUACAGAUGCAUUGUGCAUCUGUCAAGCGGCUAAAAUAUGUUUGGGCAACUUAAUUAGGGAAACACACAAAGCCUUACAUUUCUGACAAUUUUAAUACAUUUAAUUAAGAAAUCAGUACUUUUAUUAUUUCACAUUCCUAAAAUAUAACUAUAUCGUCCAUUUUUAUUGAUAUUAUAUGUGUGGAUGUUUGUUGUAGAUUAUCUGUAAUUUACUAUUAAUGUUUUUACACUGAUUUUUGUGAAAAUUUAAAAUAUGUUGGCAACUGGUUCCUCAACACAAUUUUUUUAGCAUUACAAAAAAUAAACAGGUAUAAAAUUUCUCUUUUUUCUACAUCAUGUUGAACAUAUUUCAUUCUGAUUUACACAAUUUUAAAUGUAAUAUUAUUUUAUAUGCAUAUGUUUAUCUCCAAAAUCACUACUUAUGACAUCAUAUCAAUUAAAAAUGGUAUUUGACACUAGGACUGUAUUUAGUAAAAGUUAAAAGCUUUCACCCUUUUUCAUGUUGAUUAGGGUUUGCACUAACUAUAAAAUGUCACCCACGGAAGCUACUAGUCACUGAAAUUAUUUUACCUAUUGGUGGAGAAUGGUGACUGGCCAGAAAAUAUGAGUUAGCAUUAAGUAGAAGACAGCAUACGUGACCACAAAUCCAUGCAGGUAGUUUGCGUGAAAACGGGAGAAUCUCAUUUUUCUGUUUUGUCUCUUCUCACUGUGCAAAAAGGACAAGAAAUCUUUGGGCUAUUUCUAAAUUCGAAUUGUCACAAUUUGCAAUCAUAAAUGUUUAGCACGACUUUGUAGAAUUUUGAUAGUUUUAUAAAAGAGUGAAAAACAAAUGCAUAUGUAAAUAAAGCAGCCCAUACUAACGGAUUCAUCAAAUGUUAAUAUGUAAAUAAAGCAGCCCAUACUAGCAGAUUCAUCAAAUGUUAAUAUGUAAAUACAGCAGCCCAUAUGAGCAGAUUCGUCAUAUGCUAAGGGAAUUAAUUAAAAGGAAGCAACUAAAUAAGGAUGGUCAGUGAUUGAUCUGGGUUUAGAACUUGUGUUUGGAGCCACCAAUUUUUAAGUAUGUAUUCUCACUUUAUUAGUUUUCUAAAGAAAGCAAUCAAGAAUUGCUCCCAGAAAAUGAGUAAGUAGCCAUGAAUAUAUGAAUGCUGUUUACAAAACCCAUAGACCCAUGAAUGCUCAAAACGUCUGAGUUUGUAAAAAAAAAUACAUUGUAGUUAUACUUGACAAUUUAAAAUGUUAAUAGAAUCUAAAAUAAAAGUCGCUUAAAA